AGUUCUAAAGGUACUUGGCCUCUCUCCUGGACAGUGAAGCUCUGACAUGUCCGUGGUUGGUUAGACACUAUUUAAAGUGGGCUCCAAAAUCUGGAAUCCAAUGCAGGCUUUCUCUAUAUUUUAUUGGGCUUUUAACAUGUUUUUCUCCUACUUCAUUUGGACUUUCUUUUCUAUGUUUCAUUUCAAAUUGGACUUCCUCAGUGAACUUUUACAAUAUAAUAGUACAAAUCUUUUCUUUGUAACUACGAGCUUUGGCUCUUAAUAUUUUGACUUUGGCACAUUUUCUACGCAAAGGUGCCAUUCUGUCUCUGUAUUCCUGAACAAACUCAUCCAGCAGAUUCAGCACAUCCUGCUGUACCUCCUUCUCCCUGCUCCUGACAUUAUAUGCUGAUCCUGCAAACAGUGCAAAGGCUAUGCAAGGAUUACUUUCUUUCUGUUAAACAAGUGUUCAGAAAUUACAAUUGGCUUUUUAAUUCCAUAACAUCUCCAAAUUGAUCACUGCUUUGCUGUGCUUCCAGCAACGAUCACAGUUAAUUUAAAUUUUUUCUGUCUGUAUUCAACCAUUAACUUUCUGUUGUUAACCACGCCUGACGAGUACGUCAGCGGGGUUACUGCAUUCGCUUCGGUAUCUGGCUGGCUGGGUAAGUAUGUAUGUGUGUGUAUGUCCGUUCAUGGGCGUGGCUCUGCCAUCUACUGAGGGCUCGUCUAGUUUUUUAUGUCAUUGUUGUCUUAUUUGUUUGUUUGUAGCAGUACUUGAUAAAUGAUGUACUAUGUAGUGUCAGUAGUAACAUGUAGUUCUUUGUUUGGGAACUGGAGGUCAAUGAAAUCACAGUUCAUAAAAUCAGAUUUUAAGUAAAUUUGAAAAUGUAUUAAUAUUCAAUCUGAAAUCUUAAUAAGACAUUUCUGAAUGUUGUAUUUGGCAUUGCCCCAGAUAAAUCAGUGUAAGUCCAAUGAAUAGCUUGAAAUGGUACAAAGGUAAGCGAUGAACUGCCAGAUGCGAGGUAAGAAAAAAGAUAAGGUUACCCAAAACUGAAAAAUAAUGUACGUUAUACAAAAAGGCCUUUUCCAGAGAACAAGAAAUAGGAUAAAAACUUCAAGCUGCUCUGCAGAAAUGGAGAGUGAUCAACCCUUCAAAGUUGGUGCUACCAAAUCCUACAGGUGUCCGAGUUUUGUUUUUUUGUUUUUGAUUACUUCUAACCCCCUCUGUCUGCAUGAAAGUAAUGCUGGAACCAGAGGUGGACAGUAACAUUUACUUCAGUGCUGUGUUUAAGUAAAUGUUUUGAGUAUCUGUACUUUACUUGAGUAUUUUGUCUUUUUGGAAAUUUAUUACUUUCACUCCUCUACAUUUCAAAGACAAAUAUUGUGCUUUGAACCAUGGGCUGUACAAUAUUUUCUUUAUUUCAAAGCGUUAUGCGCAUGCUCAAUAUUUAUCCCCUUUCCCCCAUCUAUGCUUUCCCCAUUAGCUGAAAAGUUGUUUCGGUGCCAGGGGCGGGGCUUCCCACUGCUGCCGUGCUCUGAUUGGCUCUGGUUGAGCAGACUGGCCUGUUUGAAAGUAACCGGGUGUCUGCUUGUGGCUGUUUGUCGCUGCACUCUGGCUUUAGUUCAAUAACAGAAGUCUCGGUUGUUCCUUUACGUUCUUCAUGGAGCGGGAAUCACGGGAAACUGCGAGCAUCGAAAACGACAUGUCGGACCUGGUUUUGGCUGACGCGGAUUCUGCCGUUAAAGUACAAGUCGACACAGGCAACGGCUCUUCUGAAGAGAGCUAUCAUGUGCCGAAUGUAUCUCAAGCUUUGUUUCAUAAUGAAGAAGAGGGUGAAGAGGAGGAUGGCGAUGACAGUGAUGAUGACAGCGGCACAGACCACUUCAGCACUGAAAAGUCAGGGACCCAGCUGCAGAGAUGUGAGCGAGCUGGAGGAGGGAAUCUUCCUGACACGUUCCAGACCAGCCACCUGCUCUUCUAUGAGAGGUUCAAGGCGUACCAGGACUACAUGCUCGGAGACUGUAAGCCCUCAGAGGUGAAGCCCUUCACAGCAGACUACCUAGAGAAAGUGGUGGAGCCGUGUGACUGGUUGGCUCUAUGGUCUACUGAUGUCUUUGAUGUUCUGGUGGAGGUGGAAGAUUUGGACUUGAAGGAUCUGAAGGCAUGUGUAAGGCUGGUGCUACCUCUGCAGUGUGAAACCAAAGGCUGUGAACUAACUGAAGAUGCCAUGAAAUCUCUUCUGGAGGCAACUCAGCAUAAAGUCCCCCUACAGCAGCUGCUGGUGGUCUAUGAGGAGUCUGGGGACUUUGACCAGACUGCCCUGGCUCUUGAGCACCUCAGGUUUUUCUAUAAACACAUCUGGAGACAGUGGGAUGAGGAAGAUGAAGAUGAUGAUUUUGACUACUUUGUACGUUGUGUAGAGCCUCGUCUCAGACUCUACUACGACAUGUUAGAGGACAGAGUCCCAGCAGGCCUGAUAGCAGAGUACCAGUCCUUACUGGAGAAAUGCUCCCAGUGCUUCCAGCAGUUUUCCGUGCUGCGCAAUGGCCUCAGCACUGACUCAGACUCUGAACUGGAUAAUGUGUCCAUGGUUGAGGGCCUGAAGCUGUGCGACCAGGUGGAGACAUUUAAGCGUAAGCUACACAUCAUCGAGAACCCCCUAUUAAGGUAUGUGCUAGCCUACAAAGGAAAUGCCAGGCAGCAGUGUGUGCAGAGCCGUGGGCCCAGAGAAUCGGGUAUGAAGGUGGUUCAUGUGGUUACAGCCUCCUGCAGCUCUAUCCAGCUUCAGUCUCUCCUAAAUGCUAGACUGAUGCCUCUCUGUUCCUCUAAGGACGCUGAGAUCCAGUUCCACAGAGAGCCAGUAUCAGCAGUGGAUUCAUGCCAUCAGGGUGACGUGGUGAUCAUUCUCCCAGGGAUCUACAGUGUCGACAGGUCCAUUUUCAUACCAGAUUCCAUCACUGUAGAAGGCUUUGGGUUCCCUGAUGAAGUGGUGAUUGAGAAGAAAACCAAAGGCGACUCAUUUGUGGAGUCAACAGGAGCUGAUGUCAGACUGUCCAACAUCAAGUUCAUCCAACAUGAUGCUAUUGAAGGCAUUCUGUGUGUGCGUCAGGGAACUCUGAACAUGGAAAACUGUGUGCUGCAGUGUGAGACCACUGGAGUUAUUGUCCGAACAUCUGCCCGUCUCACAAUGAACAUGUGUGACCUCUAUGGAUCCAAGGGGGCAGGUGUGGAGAUUUACCCUGGCAGUGUUUGCAGUCUGGUUGGUAAUGGCAUCCAUCACUGUAAGGACGGGAUUCUCAUCAAGGACUUUGCUGAUGAGCUAGAUGUGAUGCCAUCCAUUACCAUGGAGAACAACGUUGUACACAACAAUGAAGGCUAUGGGGUGGUUCUAGUGAAACCCAACAAUGCCAAACAACACAGUGGUCCUGUGGAAAAAAGUGAAGACCCAGAUGCACAGACAGCUGAAGACAAACAGACAGAUCUUCACUUCAUCUCCACAGUGUCGACAACAUCAUCAUCAGCAACAUCAACAACCACUGCCCCAACCAGCAGCAGCUCGGCAGGUUUUCAGCCUGAGCCAGUAGCCAAAAACAGCAUGGACGGGGACACUGCCUCCUCCACAGGCCAGAAGUGGCAGUUAAGUCGUCAGCUGAGCAGAAACAAAGAAAUGUCCUGCAGCCGAGCAGUCGAGGAUCUGAUGGACCACCAGCUCUUUGUCUCUAUUCAGGGAAACCAGUUUAAACGUAAUGGCAUGGGUGACUUUGGGACCUUUUUGUACUGAGAGACACAUUGAGACUGAACGUUAACACUGUAAGAACACGCACAGCUUUUAACAUUCAUUCUGUUUUUGGGCAAAAAGAUUCCAAGACUAAUUCACAACUAUCCAUUAAGGAGUUGUAAAGACAUUUUUUAAGGAUGUGAACUUAUUUACCGUGUAAGCUAGCUGUGUAUGUUUCUAUCCGCACUCUGACGCUGGCAUUCAGUGAUGGUAAAUGGAUUUCUGCUUGUGAUUUUGCCAAAAUGCUUUUAUUGUAUUUAUGCCUUUGGGUUCCUGAUGCUACUUCAAAUGUUUUUUGUGCAAUGCAAUUCUUUUAGUUUGAAAUCCACUAGUCACUUUUAGUGAGGUUUUGGUUGUUUGACUUCUGAUCAGCAAAAUGUUGUCUUCUAGGUUGUGGCUUGUGAAAAGCAAAGUUGAUAAUUUCAAGUUCACACAGUUCUUGUUAUGAGUUAAAUUUGAUUUUCACAUGGUAUUUCCCAUGUUUUUAAAGGUGUAAGUGAUGUACUUUGUGGUUGAAGGAAGUUUCAGCAUUCAGGUUGACAUGUUCUACAAGGAGACGUCCAAUAAAAAUAAACUAGUUUUAUCAUUUAAAAAAAUCUAAACUGGUAAUAAAAAUAAGUUUCUUUA